UAACAUCAAGUUAUCUGAGGAUGUUGCUGAUGGGAGAUUUAGAGGAAGACUAAAGCUGGAUCAACAGACUGGAUCUUUGACCAUCACAAACACCAGAACCAUCCACUCUGGAGUUUAUAAAAUACAGAUCAGCACCAGCACUGGGAGAAAUGAAGAAGAGUUUCACUGUUACAGUCUAUGAUUCACUACCUGUGAUUGAUCCCGGCAGAAGUGAAGUGAUGUCACUGUCAGUGAUUGAGGGAGAAUCUGUCACUCUAAACACUGAUAUUAAACCACAUGGAGAUGAGCUGAUAGUGUGGAGGUUUGGAGAUAUUCUCAUAGCUAAAGAUGAUAAAGAAAACAAUAAGACCUCAUUCUAUCCUGAUGAGAGAUUCAAAGAGAGAAUACAGCUGGAUCAGACUGGAUCUCUCAUCAUCAGAGAUAUCAGAACCACAGACACUGGAGAAUAUAAACUAAAGAUCAGCAGCAGUAACAGAGAGACGAAACACAAGAGAUUCAUUCUUUUUGUGAGAGAUGAAUGGAAGACAGUGUUCAUGAUGAAGGGAGAAUCUGUCACUCUAAUCACUGAUGAUGCUCAUAUAAAGACAGAUGAUGUGAACAUGUAUCAUGGAGAGACUCUCAUAGCUGAAAUCAGAAGAGGAAAGAUCACACGUCUUAAAGAUGAAAUCAGAGAGAGACUGAAGCUGGAUGAUCAGACUGGAUCUCUCUUCAUCACAGACACCAGACACACAGACUCUGGAGUUUAUUAUCUGAAGAUCAUCAACAGCACUGAAGAUAUCAUAUAUAAGAGAAUAAUUGUUACUGUCAGUGGUAAAGAAGGGAUCUUAAUGUCAGUAAUGGAGGGAGAUUCUGUCAAUCUAUACAGUGAUGCUACUCCACUACAGAAAGAUGCUGAUGUAGUGUGGAGAUUUAAAAACACUGUCAUAGCGGACAAAAAACAAAAUGACACAAAGAUCUCAUCACGUCAGGAUGCUCUUGAUGGGAAAUUCAAACAGAAUCUGUUGAUGUACGUACAGACUGGAUCUCUCGUCAUCACAAACAUCAGAACGGAUCAGUCUGGAGUUUAUGAACUAAAGAUCACCAGCAGCAGAGUAAAUGUACACCAGAUAUUCUAUGUUACAGUCUAUGUCGAUUCCGGAUCAGUGACGCCUACGCUGCCUCGUGGCAAAGUGAAGGAGUUGGAUAGUUUGAAUAAUGCCACUGAUGUCGGAGUGAAUGAGAAACAGGGGACGAGUUCUGUUUAAGUUAAAGAGAUUCUCAACAGCACUGGUGUAAAUCACUGUUACAUCAUCAACAAUCAAAUUCCAUCUACAAAAACAUAUUUCUCAUUUUAAUGUCUCGAUAAAUUCGUCCUGUAAAAU